AGAAGACCGAAGAGUCAAACUACAAAAUGAACUGGAACGAGGCUUCCAAUAGUGAUCCUUAAUUUGACUUAAAUUCAGAUUUAUUGGCACAGCAACAAUUGACAACGAUCGUCUCAAGGCACUUUUUAAUAGAUAUUUUGCCUGGCUAGUGGGUAUAGGGUAGGUAUUGGUCGCGAAGAUGUGAAUUGUUUCAUGGGCACAAUCUACAUUCUCAGCUCAACUGCUCAUCCCACAAAUGGUUUCCUUAUGUGGGGCAUUUAAGGGAAAUAAACUGGUUGUGUAAAUCAAUAUUCCACUUAUUUUGUAAUUGUCUGGAACAAAACAAAGUCCAGUAGGUGGUGAUAAUUUUACCUAUAAACCUAGAAGGAAAAACUCAAAUCAAGACAUUGAGUAUUUUUAAUGUUUGUAAUCUAAGAUUUUAUAGCAGUCUGAUUUAAACAACACAGAACUGUCUGUAGUUUCUUGUCGGACAUAUUUUCAUGAUGAACCACCUGACCCUUAUGUUGAAAAGCUAACCAGAUGUCACGUUCGUGUUUUCUCACUUGACGUUAUUGUAAACCUCUGAGGAGCAUAAACAUAGCGACAGUAUCUUUGGAUCCUUGCUCGUUAAUGAUUUUUUCUUAAAAGUUUCUGAGUGGUUAACGUAAGCAUGGCGGACCGGGAGGAGCGCCGCUUUGCAGAGGUUUCCCGGGAAUCCGUCAAGCUGAUGGCCGAGAGUGCAGGCGUGGAGCUCGGUGAUGAUGUCGCUGCUCUGCUCGCUGAAGAUGUUUGUUACCGACUGAGAGAAGCAGUUCAGAGCAGCUCUCAGUUCAUGCGGCAUGCUAAAAGGAGGAAGCUGACAGUGGAGGACUUCAACAAAGCUCUGCGUUGGAGCAAUGUGGAGGUCGUCGGUGGUUACGGGGCCCAGGAUGCUCUUCCCUUCCGCUCCGUGAAAGAAGGAGAGCUUUUCUUCGUGGAGGACCGGGACAUCAACCUGAUUGAGCUGGCUCUGGCCACCAAUAUCCCUAAAGGCUGCGCUGAGACCAUGGUCAGAGUAAACGUGGCAUACCUGGAUGGGAAAGGCAGCGUAUCACCUCAAGGAACAGUCCCCGUGGCGGUCCAGUCUCUGUCCGACGACCUGCUGAAGUACUACCAGCAGAUCACCCGGGCCAUCCUGGGAGAGGACCCCCAUCUCAUGAAGGUGGCUCUGCUGGACCUCCAGUCCAACUCCAAGAUCGCCGCCCUGCUGCCGUACUUCGUCUACGUCAUCAGUGGAGUGAAGUCCGUGAGCCACGACCUGGAGCAGCUCAACAGGCUUCUGCACAUGGUGAAGAGCCUGGUCCAGAACCCUUACCUGUACCUGGGCUCGUACGUGCGUAGCCUGGUCUCCAGCGUCAUGUACUGCAUCUUGGAGCCACUGGCCGCCUCCAUCAACCCGCUCAAUGACCACUGGACCCUCCGGGACUACGCUGCCCUGCUGCUCAGCCACAUCUUCUGGACACACGGGGAUCUGGUGAGCGGUCUCUACCACCAGAUCUUGCUCUCUCUCCAGAAGGUUCUGUCCGACCCAGUGAGACCACUCUGCUCCCACUAUGGAGCUGUAGUGGGUCUUCAUGCUCUGGGAUGGAAGGCUGUGGAGAGGGUCCUGUUCCCACAUCUGCCUGCCUACUGGGCCAACCUGCAGGCAGUGCUGGACGACUACUCCGUGUCCAAUGCUCAGGUCAAAGCAGACGGGCACAAAGUCUACGGCGCCAUUCUGGUGGCGGUGGAGCGUCUCCUGAAGAUGAAGGCUCUGUCUCUCUCUCAGCCAGCAGAGGGAGGUUCAGGGUCUCCCCCAGGAUCUGCAGUGGGUUCUGCUGGUUACAGGGUGAGCUCACCGGGCCUCAGCCCCCCUCCAGAACCCCUUUCAGAGGCUGCUCUGGGCAUCGCCAGCCACCUCCAGGCAGGGGGCGCCGGCUGUCCAUGGGAGGAGUGGUCCCCGGUGCCCCUCCCUGCCAUGUACUGUGAGCUCUACUCCUUCUUUGGGGACAGCCUGGCCGUCAGGUUUAGUACCGGACCAGGAUUCGGCAGUUACCCCCCCUGCACCCCGUCCCAGCUCCGGGACUCCAGGAAGGAGCCCGUGGGACCCAUGUCCAACUUAGACGCUAACCGGAAGAUGCCGCAGCUGACGGCCAACCUGAGCAUCAGUCCCCGACAGGACGGGAGUCCCCGGACCGACCCGCCCCCCCCCAGCUUGGCAGCCACCGGACCAGGAAGCAGGUCCGUGGCUCGCUCCUCUUCCUCCUCCGUGCAGCGCUCCAGAUCCUCCUCGUCCCGGUCCGGUCAGCGGUCAGCAGGUAUGUCUCGGGAUGUCUUCCCCAAGGCUCGCUUCACCUCCCCCCAGACCGGACCGCCGACCUUCUCCUUCCUCAUUGGGGGACGGCAGAUGGGUCGGCGGUGCCAAGGCCGCCGCCCCUUUCAGACCAACUUUGCUCCGACUCCGCCUCUUUCAACCAUCCCGCCCCGCAUCUACGCCCACAAACUGCCUGUCAUCGGCAGGGUGGGCAAACCAGUACGGCGCUGGACGUGUUCCCAUUACUCCCUCCACCUCCCUCUGUAGACCAGACGAACAUCAACGCCACUCUUUCGUUUCACUGUUGCUUUUUUAUUGAUUGUAGAAAACGGAGAUUAAAACUGUCUCUGACUUCCUGGAGAGAUGAUUUCAGUCUGGUAGUCUGAGAAUCUUCUAGAUGUCUCCUUUCUGCUCAUGAUGGUCUGAUCUUUUUUCAGCCUUCAAAUCUUGAUAUUAAAAUAUUAAAAGAAAAACCUGAAGCCAGUUUUCUGCUGCUGUUGAUCAUUUUUAUUUUUUUCCAUUGACUAAAACAAGAAAUAUACAGAUAAUAUACUUAUGUUCAUUUACAAUCUGGAAUAAACAUCCAAUAAAAAAAGAGAAGUAAAUAAAAAUAACUAGAAGAUU